CAUUAGAAAAACAAUUGUUCUUUGCUUGUUGUUUUCGUAUUUAUAGUCAGCCUAUAGUGACGUAUGUGGUAAACCGCCCAAAACUUCAUAUAAAAUGGCUCCUUUUGCAACAGAAUCGCCUCCAUACAAAGAAAUCGAAGAUCCGUUUCCGAAGCUUGUGCCCCCACAAGCGGCUCCGAGAAAAUACGAAAUAAUGUACCAUAAUGUGCUUGUAUUUUCCUACCUGCAUAUAGCAGCACUGUAUGGAAUGUAUCUAUACUGUACCGAGGCUCAAUGGAAAACAUUAAUUUUUCAGCACUCGCUGCCACUACUGGCAGGCAUGGGUAUGACUGCCGGCGCACAUCGGCUGUGGUGCCACCGCUCUUACAAGGCGAAAAUGCCUUUACAAAUCAUACUCAUGCUGUUGAAUUCAAUGGCUGGCAUGAACAUGGUGUUGCAUUUCGCGCGGGACCAUCGAUUGCAUCAUAGGUACAGCGAUACUGACGCUGAUCCCCACAACGCUACGCGUGGCUUCUUCUACUCGCACAUUGGAUGGAUUAUGGUCAAAAAGCACCCAGAGGUGUUGCGAAGAGGAAAACUCAUCGAUAUGUCGGAUUUGUACGCCAAUCCUGUACUGAGGUUCCAGAAGAAGUAUACUAUCCCAUUAAUAGGGACCCUCUGCUUCGCGCUACCAACAAUCAUCCCCAUGUACUUCUUCGGAGAAACCCUCAACACGGCGUGGCAUCUCACGAUACUCCGGUACACAAUCUUUCUCAACUCUGUAUUUUUAGUCAACAGCGCUAGUCAUUUGUGGGGCAACAAACCUUAUGAUAAACAAAUCAAACCAGUACAGAACUACGCAGUGUCUUUCUUGACGUUUGGAGAAGGAUUUCACAACUAUCAUCAUUCGUUUCCUUGGGACUACAGGACGGCUGAGCCGGGCAACAAUUGGUUGAAUGUCAGCGCUAAGUUCAUAGAUUUCUUCGCGUGGAUCGGUUGGGCGUACGACCUUAAAGCGGUUCCAGAAGAUUUUGCGCACUCGAGAGCAAACAAAGCUGGUGAUGGCAGUGACUUGUGGGGAUUCAAACGUGAUAAUAAUUUUAAGAUUGAAUAAAUUGUGGUGAUAUUUGGAGGUUCGUUUUUAAUUUACUGGCUGAGAUUUUGAACCAUUCUAAUAAAGCUAAGCUGUCACUCCCCAGAUACAGUCAAAAAGUUCAGCAUUCAAGGCGAAU